UUCACUCAGCGUGGUGCUAAAAUGAACACCACAAAUGAUUUCUUUUUUGUGACGACAACUUGCGAAGGAAAAGGACUACGUGAAUUCCAACGAUGUAUGAAGUUUAAAUUAGUCUCUAAGUCCCGAGACGCCAUACGGUACGUUUUGGAGAAGGGUGAUAGUUGUUUUACCGAAUACAUUGGCAGAAACGGUGGCCAUCAGGAUAUCAUCAUCGGCAGUGAAUGUGCUGAGGAGUACGUGGUGGCACACGAAACGGGUCACGCGCUCGGUUUUUGGCAUACACACCAACGACCGGACAGAGAUCGGCACAUUUCCAUUAACUGGAAGAAUGUUAUGGAAGAAGCGACAGCAUCAUUCAUGCCGUUUCGUAGCAUGUUACAAGCAUUUGGAAUUCGCCAGGUCUCACCGCGAAGAGUGCCGUACGACUAUGGCUCGCUAAUGCACUACCAUGCUGUCGCUCACGCAAUUAAGGUGUCCGAUUUCACAAUCGUACCAAAAGAAUUGAAAUACGUGACAACAAUGGGAACCGAGAAAAUGGCGUUUUUGGAUGCAAAAGUAAUAAACGACAUCUACUGCCCGAAUGCCUGUGUGGGACGAUCGAACCUACAUUGUCUAGCUGGCGGUUAUCCGGAUCCAAAUAACUGCGCCGUUUGCCGUUGUCCUGAAGGGUUGGGUGGCGUUGACUGCAGUCGAUUGCAACCCAGUGUUUGUGGUGGUGAACUUCAUGCGACCGACACAUGGCAAACUCUUACCAGCCCACCAGGGAAAGAUAUCGUAUGUUAUUGGCGGAUAUCGGUACAAGAUGGCAACCGUGUACGAUUUCGUUUAUCGGACGGUGAAUUUCCAUGUUCAUAUGGUUGUCAAUCAUACGUGGAAAUUAAACACAAGCUUGAUAUUCGCCUAACCGGUUUUAGAAGCUGCUGUUACCGUCCAAAAGAAGACACCGUAUCGGAAAACAAUCAAAUCUUCGUCAUCUACCAUCCAAACGGACGAACAGCACGUUUUUCACUCCGUUACAUACGACAGGGCUAG